UGCAUAUGCAUUAUCGACGACAUAAAUUGAUGCGCGUUCUUUCCAAUAGUAAGCUUGGCCUUGGCUGAGACAAAGGACCGAGUGGGUAGCGGUGAACAAAGGCGAUCUCAAUCUCUGUUUUUCUUCAGUUACUUGAGAUAUGGGGAAGAGGAAGUCGAAAUCAAAGCCGCCUCCAAAGAAGAGGAUGGACAAGCUUGACACUGUCUUCAGCUGUCCUUUCUGUAGUCAUGGUACUAGUGUUGAAUGUCGCAUUGAUAUGAAGAACUUGAUUGGGGAGGCAAAUUGCAGGAUUUGUCAAGAGAGCUUCAGUACCACUGUUACAGCACUGACAGAGCCUAUUGAUAUAUACAGUGAAUGGAUUGACGAGUGCGAACGAGUGAACACCCUCGAAGACGAUGAUGGUUCUUAGGUUCUAGUGACAGUCUGCUUUCAGUUGUGGAGACAGUUGCCUGAGCUAAUCUAAAGUUGAUAUCAGUUCUGGUGAUAUUCUAUGUUUCACAACUUCAGUUGUACCUAAACUUACCAAAGCCUCUUGGGUUCGAUAAAUAAAAUGUGACAAGCUUUCUGUGUUUAAAUAUUUUGAAAUAGAUGUAGUUAUUAUCAUGUAUUAUAUUCGGAAUGUGCUAUUAUAGGUCGUGUGGGAUUGAAGUUGAAUCCAUAUAUGAUCAAGCAGGUUUCAAACUUGGUAACUAA